AGUUCCCGUAAAGCUUUUUCUCUCAACUUUCCGAUCAUAUUUCUCAAUCGGAGAAACUGAUUCGACGAACAUCAUGAGUCGUUACGAUAGCCGUACCGGCGAUUCCACCUCUUACCGUGACCGUCGAAGUGACUCAGGGUUUGGUGGAACUUCAGCAUAUGGAAGCUCAGGUAGUCAUUUAUCUAGCAAAAAGGAUAAUGAUGGCAAUGAAUCUCCAAGGAAGCUAGAUUUGGAUGGUUUGACUCCUUUUGAGAAGAAUUUCUAUGUCGAGUCACCUGCUGUAGCGGCUAUGACUGACACAGAAGUGGAGGAAUAUCGAAAGUUGAGGGAAAUUACUGUUGAAGGCAAAGAUAUUCCAAAACCUGUCAAGAGUUUUCGUGAUGUUGGCUUUCCUGAUUAUGUUUUGGAAGAGAUUAAGAAGGCUGGUUUUACUGAACCUACGCCUAUACAAUCUCAGGGGUGGCCAAUGGCAAUGAAGGGACGUGAUCUCAUCGGCAUUGCGGAAACUGGCUCUGGAAAGACUAUUUCCUACUUACUACCUGCUAUUGUACAUGUUAAUGCCCAACCAAUUUUAGCUCCUGGGGACGGCCCAAUCGUCUUGGUUCUUGCUCCGACUCGUGAACUGGCUGUGCAGAUACAGCAAGAGGCAUCGAAAUUUGGUUCAUCGUCAAAAAUUAAGAGCACUUGCAUUUAUGGUGGAGUUCCAAAAGGGCCUCAAGUGCGUGAUCUCCAGAAAGGUGUGGAGAUCGUUAUAGCUACUCCUGGGAGGUUAAUAGACAUGAUGGAGUCGAACAACACAAACCUACGAAGGGUUACUUAUCUUGUUUUGGAUGAGGCUGAUCGAAUGCUUGAUAUGGGGUUUGACCCUCAGAUUCGGAAAAUUGUUUCACAUAUUCGGCCAGACCGUCAAACUUUGUACUGGAGUGCUACUUGGCCUAAGGAGGUGGAACAACUAUCGAAGAAGUUUCUUUAUAACCCAUACAAAGUGAUUAUAGGAUCUUCUGAUUUGAAAGCUAACCGUGCAAUUCGUCAAAUUGUUGAUGUCAUUUCCGAAAGCCAAAAGUAUAACAAGUUGGUGAAGUUGCUUGAAGACAUAAUGGAUGGAAGCCGAAUUCUUGUUUUCCUUGAUACAAAAAAGGGCUGUGACCAAAUCACUCGUCAGCUUCGCAUGGAUGGUUGGCCUGCUUUGUCAAUACAUGGUGAUAAAAGUCAAGCCGAAAGAGAUUGGGUUCUCUCGGAGUUUAGAUCAGGCAAAAGCCCUAUAAUGACUGCUACAGAUGUUGCAGCUCGUGGAUUAGACGUGAAAGAUGUGAAGUAUGUGAUAAACUAUGACUUCCCUGGAUCACUGGAGGACUAUGUUCACAGGAUUGGACGAACAGGUAGAGCCGGGGCCAAAGGAACAGCUUACACUUUCUUCACAGUUGCAAAUGCAAGAUUCGCCAAGGAACUUAUCAACAUACUAGAAGAAGCUGGACAGAAAGUGAGCCCCGAAUUGGCUUCAAUGGGUCGCAGCACUGCUCCUCCUCCUCCAGGGCUUGGAGGAUUCAGAGACCGUGGGAGCAGAAGAGGGUGGAGCUGAUCACUGAUUUUGUAUCUUGUUAUGGCUUUAGGGCUCAGUGAUUUUCUUCCUCCAUUUUAUUAUCUUUUUACUAUUUUGUUCCUCAAACAUUUGACAUUUACAGCAAAACAUUAAAACAUGUAAGAUAAC